AUGUCGUCGUCCUCCUACAACGAACCAGUCUCUCUCAUUGUCAUCUCUAGCGUGUCCAUCGGCAUCGCGGCAAUUGCAGCAUUAUGGAUCAGCCUCGACAUUCUCUGGCGCCGCGGAUGGCGGUCUAUGAUGACCAUCAUGAUCCCCGUGUAUAUCAUCAAUGCACUCUAUCUCUGGCCGAUUACUGCCUGGGUGUAUGUAAAAUAUGGUCGGCCCUCGAAGCCAGCACCGAACAAACCUCCUCACGAGCAACACCAUCCUCCGCACGCAGGGACGGGCGGCGAGACUGAGCGAACCCACGAAACCGCUGGUGGAGAGGGACGAGGCAGUGGUCAGAGUAGUACAACGGUCGCCUUCGACGAGAGAAAUAGGGACGAAGAAAAGGCCGAUGUUGACGACGAAGAGAAAGGUGAAGGAGGAGACCAAGGAGGAGACCACGCAUGUCAUUCCCACGGCUCUUCACGACCCAUGUUUGCCACCGUUACAGUCGGAGUCUGCCACUGCGGCGCCGGCUGUGUGCUUGGAGAUGUAGUGGGAGAAUGGCUGGUCUAUGGAACCCACGCCGGCUUUGGCGCACACGAUUCACUCCUCUGGGCCGAGUACCUUGUCGACUUCGGAUUCGCCUUUGCGUUCGGUAUCUUUUUCCAGUACUUCUCCAUAGCUCCUAUGGCAGGCAACUACAGUCUAACAGUGCUCUGGCGGGCACUCAAGGCCGAUGCUCUGUCACUCUUGUUCUUCGAGAUCGGGUUGUUUGGGUGGAUGGCCAUCUUUCAAAUCGGCAUAUUCAAUUGGGACCUCGAAACGAAUAGCGUCACAUACUGGUGGAUGAUGCAGAUUGGCAUGUUUCUGGGUCAUUGGACGGCUGUGCCGAUCAACUACUGGUUGAUCAAGAAGGGGAUCAAGGCGCCUUGUGCGUGA